GCCGGAGGCGGGACUUCAGCGGAGGCCGCAGCGAGGCGUCGGGAUGCAGCGCCCCGGGCCCUUCAGCACCCUCUACGGGCGGGUCUUGGCCCCGCUGCCCGGGAGGGCCGGGGGCGCGGCCUCUGGCGGAGGAGGGAACAGCUGGGACCUACCGGGUUCCCACGUGCGGCUGCCGGGGCGUGCACAGUCCGGGACCCGUGGCGGUGCUGGCAAUACAGGCACCAGCUGCGGGGAUUCCAACAGCAUCUGCCCGGCCCCCUCCACGAUGUCCAAGGCCGAGGAGGCCAAGAAGCUGGCGGGCCGCGCGGCCGUGGAGAACCACGUGAGGAAUAACCAAGUGCUGGGAAUUGGAAGUGGUUCUACAAUUGUCCACGCUGUGCAGCGAAUAGCUGAAAGGGUGAAGCAAGAGAAUCUGAACCUCGUCUGUAUUCCCACUUCCUUCCAGCUUCCCAACCCAUACCUUCCUUCUGAAAGAAUAUUUCUUUUAAUCCAUUUAGACUGGAGAAACUGGCCUGCUGUGGCAGUGAGGUGCCCUGAAUGCUAGGUGACCAGCCUAUUAUGAGAGUUCCCUGGAAGAGCUAUUACAACUUAAGUGUUUUUCUGUUUAUUGUGAAGCCCUUUGGAACCACUGCAUGUCAUGAGGAAUCUCCUCUGACCCUUCCACGGGAU